AUGGGGUUCCACUGUAACAGUUCCUCAGUCUCUGUUGCUGCUUACACUUUUGCUGCAGAAAUUCCUGACUUCCUGACAGAGGAGGAGUGUAAGCUCAUCGUCCAUCUGGCACAGCUGAAGGGGCUGCAGAAGAGCCAGAUCCUACCAACAGAUGACUAUGAAGAAGCCAUGGAAAUGAUAGAAAUUAGCCAGAUGGACAUUUUCAACCUGCUGGACCACAAUCAGGAUGGGCAGCUGCAGCUCAAAGAGGUGUUGACCCACACCAGGCUUGGGAACGGCAGGUGGAUGACCCCUGAAAACAUCCGGGAGAUGUACAGUGCAGUCAAGGCUGAUCCUGAUGGCAAUGGUGUGCUGAGUUUGGAGGAGUUCAAACAAUUGAAUAUUCGUGAUUUCCACAAGUACAUGGGAAGCCAGAAAGUGAAGAUGAGCGACUUGGUGCGCAACAGUCAGCACACCUGGCUGUACCAGGGCGAGGGGGCACACCAGGUCAUGAGAGCCAUACGGCAAAGGGUAAUGCGCCUGACUCGCUUGCCCCCUGAGAUUGUGGAGCACAGCGAGCCCCUCCAGGUUGUGCGGUACGACCAAGGAGGGCACUACCAUGCCCACAUGGACAGUGGCCCCGUCUUCCCCGAGACUGCCUGCAGCCACACGAAGCUGGUCGCCAACGAAAGCGCUCCCUUUGAGACCUCUUGCCGGUAUGUGACGGUGCUGUUCUACCUGAACAAUGUGACUGGGGGAGGUGAAACAGUCUUUCCCAUAGCUGAUAACAGGACAUACGAAGAGAUGUCUUUGAUCCAGAAUGACGUUGACCUGCGAGAUACUCGGAAAAACUGCGACAAGGGCAAUUUGCGAGUGAAACCUCAGCAAGGCACUGCUGUCUUCUGGUACAACUACCUGUCAGACGGAGAAG